AUGACGGAAUCCAUCCAAUCCGCGUCCCUACAACAACCAUCAACACAGGAAAAGAACACUACCACACACCAUGCCGAAUCCAUGGUGGAUGUUGCAUCGGACAACAACAAGUCCACUACACCACAACAAAAAAGAGUGAAGAAAGAGAAAACCUCCUCUGAUGAGAAUUCCCAAGACGGAAAGAAGAAGGAAGGAAAAAGAAAACAAAAGAAGCCUUCCAAGAAAGAUGACUCUGAAAAUGGCCAAGUCAUCAAUGGAAAUGACACUCAAGAUGCUGCAUCAUCUGAUGACUCUCAUCAAAACCAAUCACAAGAAAAGAAGAAGUUUGCCACUAGUGAAGAGUUAACGACUAGAAUUUCCGAAAUCAAGGCUAAGCUAUCGGAACAGCCUAAAGAGCAAGAAGUUCAAGAGAAAAUUAAAAAAAUACAAAAGAGCAUUGAGGACAAACAGGAUCAUAUCGAGAAGAUUCAUCAGAAACUUUCAAAGGUUAUCGAUAAUCUGAAGCGUCUAGAUGAGCAAAAGAAGGCUGCAUUUGAUGAGGUAAACAAAUAUAAGGACAUUAUGAAUCAAAAUCGUAAUGACAAGGACCGUAUCCAAAUUCAAAUCAAUCAAAUUGAACAGGAAAUUGUAGAAUUAAACGAGACCAUUGAGGAGUCUGGCAGUGAUCUCAAGGAAUCCAAAUUUAGAAAUGCUCGAGAAAUUGAGGCUGAAAUCAAGUACCUUGAUGAAAAACAACAAACUGAAACUCUCUCUGUAAAGGAGGAGAAGUCCAUAAUUGCCAAGAUCAAGAAGCUCAACACCCUUCUAAACAAUUUUGAAAAGAUUUCAGACCUCAAAAAGCAAGUCAAGGAGAAAAUUGAGGCAAAGAGACUCCUCUCACAACAAUUAAGAGAACUCAACGAGUCUGUUAAAGAAAAAGUUGACGAGCGCCAACAGUAUUUCAACCAACUCACUGAAAUUUCCAAAAAGAAGGAAACUGUUUUAGAAGAGAAGAAACAUUUAGAAUCACAACUCAAAACCCUCAAGAAGGAGGUCAAAGCUCUUUUCGAUGAGAACUAUCAGCAUCAAUCCUCUUUAAGAAAAUCGUCAUCCUCACAAAAGAAGCUCACUGAAACCCUACACAAAUUGCAAGACCAAUUAACCAGACAGAAACAAUUCGAACAAAGAAAAAAGCAACAACAAAAACGAUUGGAGGAGAGACAAGCUCGAGAACAAGAGUUGAAAGAAACCACCCAGCAAUGGGAACAAGUUCAAGAGAAGGAGCCUGAAAAUCCAUACGAAGAAGAAAUCAAAGUUUGUGAUGCUCUCCUUGACUAUUUGCAAAAAUUGAGAACGAACAAGAAGCUUCGUACUCACAAGAUUGAUUUGUCAUCUCUUCAAAGCAACAAACAAAAACAACCAACCAUUUCUCUCCAAACUCUCAAUCAUCCUGUUGACAAGUUCAACCAAUUUAGCGCCUUGCGUGUGACUGUACCUAGAACCAUUGAAGAUGUUCCUCAAGCCAUUGAAGCCAUUGAAAAAUUGCGCCGUUUCUACAAGCCCAAAACCUCCCAACCUUCAGAAAAGAUUGAUGUUGCUUCUAUUUUUGCCAACUUUGCUCCAAUUACCACUAUAGAGACUAGCGCAACAGCAGACAUUGUAGACAUUUUGGACGAGUAA